AUGCUUGAAGAAACUGGUGGAUCAUCACGCUUGCCGUCUUUGGUUUCCGAAUGGAUGGAAAAUGGUAACAUAUUAGAGUUUGUCCAGAGCAACCCAGAUUGCGAUAUAAACGGUCUGGCCCUUGGGAUGGCAGAAGGCCUCGCGUAUCUCCAUGCUAAUGGAGUUGUACAUUCCGACUUCAAAUCCGGAAACGUGCUCAUUUCUUCGACCCGUGAAGCACUAAUUAGUGACUUCGGAGCUGCUCACGUCUCUAAUGAUACUCAGGUAGCUGGCAUAUCGAGUACGGUGACAGGCACCAGAGGUACUUCCAGAUGGUUAGCCUAUGAGCUUCUUGCAAACUCGGAGCAAUAUCAAACGGCUACAAUGGAGUCAGACACAUGGUCAUUUGGAAUGACGUUAUUGGAACUUCUAACAGGCGACCAACCCUAUUCGCAUCUUAAGCGCGACGGACAAGUUUUG